GCUUCAGUUAACUUUAAUUCGACUAAAUCGUUUCGUUGCACGCAUCCCAAGUGCAAGUUUCCUUCGACAUAAUGGCGUUUAAGAUGGUUGCCCUGUUUGCCACUCUGGCCUGUGCCAGCGCUGGCUACCUUGAAGCUGAUCACCACUCGGCACACUACUCCCCAGCCUCGGCCGUCAGCUACAGCUCAAUCACCCGUGAGCACCAUCCAACUAAGAUUGCCAAGACCGUAUCCUAUGCCGAACCAGCUGUUCACUACGCUGCUCCAGUCACCAAGACCGUAUCAUACGCUGAACCAGCUGUCCACUACGCUGCUCCAAUUACGAAGACCCUAGCAUACGCCCAACCAGCUGUGCACUAUGCUCAGCCUUCGGUUCAGUACGUUCAUGAGCCAACUUACACCAAGACUGUUGUUGCUGAACCAACAUACGUGCACCAGCAGCCAUCCGUCUACGCUGCCAAGACUCUGGCAUACCAAGCCCCGAUCGUCAAGAAUAUCAUUCCAGCUUCCAAGACCUACGUAUCCGAGCCUAUUUACGCCAACACCUACGCUUCUGCACCAGUAUAUGCCAAGAACUACGCUUCGGAACCAGUCUACGCCAAGACCUAUGCCUCUGAGCCCGUCUACGCCAAGACCUAUGCUUCUGAGCCCGUCUACACCAAGACCAUUGUCCAGCAGCCGACCUACGUCAAGACCGCCCCGUCUUUGUACGCCCAUUCUGCUCCAGUUUUUGCCGCCAAGACUCUGAGCUACGCACCAGAAUCCUCGGAUUCUAGCGCUCACUACGCUUGGUAAACACAAGGAUUGCCAGAUUCCUCAGAACUUUCCAUCACUCAGGUGGAGUUCGGAGUUCGAAACCGUCGAUCUGAACCAACUCAAUCACCAACCGCCAAAUAUGUUGA